UCCAGGGAUCGUGAACACAGGAAGUCCACAGGUAAACCGGGCCUGGACGCCUCAGGUAACCUCUACCAAUACGACAACUAUGACGAGGUGGCGAUGGACACCGACAGUGAGACCAGUUCACCAGUCCCGUCUCCGACACGCGUGGCGUUCAGCACUGAAGGUUCAGGGUGUUUCUCUCAGGGGUGUCUGUAUGUGGCCGACUCUGCUCAGUUCGGACUGGAUGUCUCUCAGCCUUUCCUCUCCCCCAUUCUGUCCGCUCUUCCUCCCCCACCCCCCCCUCUCCCCCCUCCACCAGAUGACCUGGAGCCCCCCCCCAAACCUCCGUUCGCUGAUGAGGAGGAGGAGGAGGAGAUGCUGCUGAGGGAGACUUGUCUCAUGUCCAUGGCCAACAAGAGGGUGGCAGUGACUGAG